AUGAAAAACAAACUUUUUUUUGUAAUAAUGUUAACACUGCCUCCUUUAUAUAACUCAAUGUUACGAAUAUUAACCUAUGAUCAUUUAUCAAAUUUAAGAUCAUCAACUUCGUCUAUCAAGAAUUCAACGAAGUUUUCUAGUACCAAUUCAUCAAAACACCAUGAAAACGGAGUAAAACAUGAAGGUACUACAAUCAAGUACAAUGUUACUCAAACAGACAAUAUAAAUAAGUUCCUGGAAGCGAUAAAACAAAAAUUUAAAAACAUUACAAAAAUCAACAACAAAACAACUAAUUCACAAACUGAAACAUCCAAACAUUCAACAUAUAAAGUAGUAAAAUUAAACCAUCAAUGUUGUCAUCAAGGCAAGAUUUGUGCAUAUUGUAAUUCUAAUUAUUGCAACAUCAAGGAUAAAAACACCAAACACUGUUGCUCUAAAUAUUGCAAAAAUUGUCAAUAUUGUUAA